UCACCCAGUACAGUACACGAAGAAUCACUUCGAAGAAAACUGCAGCAAGUCCACCAACAAUCGGUCAUUAGGUUGUUCUAACCUUCAUUCUCGGAUUGCCUCCAGAGCCAUGGCUAUGAGGUGUCCGUACAUCUGGAUCCUCAAUGGGAUUUCUCUCAUGCUGACAUCUGGAGCGCUGGCAGGUACCCUUCUUCAAAAUGUGGCAUUGAAACAACAAGCCGUCCAGUCUUCAAAUAUAUUAGCGACUAGCAAUACUGCCGGCAGGGCAGUUGAUGGGCUCAAAGACGUGAGGUAUGAAAAGGGAUCCUGUACCUGCACCCAAGAAGAGUCUGAUCCCUGGUGGAGGGUGGACUUGCGGAAUUUGUACAACAUUACUGCUAUAACGAUAACCCAAGAAGAUACAAAGGACAGCUACCUGAUUGGUGGUGAAAUCUGGAUUGGAAAUUCAACAGAUGAAUUCAACACAAGGAGGGUCAGGUGUGCGGUCAUCCCCGACGUCCCAGGUGAUCUCACGUUCCACUUUUCGUUCCGCGCUAUAGAGGGACGAUACGUCACUGUGCGUCUUCCAGGCAGCGGGAGGACCCUUUGUCUCUGUGAAUUUGAGGUGUUCAUCGGAGACAACGAAUAUCCUCAACCCAACCUGGCACUGAAGGGAGAUGCCACCCAGUCAUCGACCAGCUCCAUCUUCGUUGCCGCCAAGGCCAUCGACGGGAGUCGUAACUCCUACCUCUCAAAAGGGUUCUGUACCCACACAGAGUCAGAGACGGAUCCCUGGUGGAGGGUGGACCUGCGACAAGAAUAUGUCAUCGCAGCUGUCAAAGUCACAAAUAGAGGAGACUGUUGUGGCGAGAGACUGGAUGGAGCCGAGAUCCGAGUCGGGAGCUCACUGGAGAACAACGGAAACAACAACACCAGGUGUGCUUCCAUCCCCAGCCUCAGAGCCGGUAAAACCAAAACCUACCACUGUGAAGGGGGCAGCAAGAGGCGGCCGCUUCGUGAACGUGAUCAUCCCCGGGGACACCCAGACGCUCACCUUUACGAAUUGUGGAAUCUGGCCUACGGGACCUACGGGGUAUCCAGUCACGCCGUCAGUGGGUGUAAAAGUGGAAUGUAUAUGGAAUCGUGCUGUAGCGUCACUAUCUAUACUACUAAUCCAUCGUGGACUGUAGACUUGUUGGCCGUGCACAGGGUCAGUGCUAUCAUGAUUCUCAACAUACGUGACUGCUGUACCGAAGGGGUUGUUGGCGCAGAGAUCUGGAUUGACAACUCAAGAUGUGGAACUAUCUUGUCAACACAAGGCCUGUUAUCGUUCACCUUCAAUUGUGCUGGCAUGACGGGUCGCUACAUCAAGGUGUACAUUCCGAAAUACACUUAUUUGAGCCUGUGCGAAGUCGAGGUGUUCGCUUCUCUGGCAGUUCCAGAAGAUAAUGCUCCAUCUAACGUCACCGCUCCUCCUCCUCCCCCCGCUGUGAGCGUGCUGCUGAGCGGCAGGAACGUGACGGUGGUGGGAGAAAGGCUCUGCUGGUCCGAUGCGCUGCUCUUCUGCAGACGUCACCACUGGGACCUGCUUAUCCUCCGUAGCCAGGAGGAGCAGAGCGAGCUGGAGCGGCUGCUGGGCAGCGUUCCGUUCCCGCUCACCGACCUCGCCUGGCUGGGGCUGCGCAGAUACCUAAUGGGCGACGUGUGGUUCUGGAUGUCUGGCGACGCCAUGCCAUUUACCAAAUGGCCACGAGGCACGGCGCCUUGGCGGCACUCCGACCCCUGUGGAGGCAUCGGCACAGGAGAGCCCUUCGAGUGGGAGAGCCAGCCUUGUGACGAGCUCCUCAACUUCAUACGGCCAAUCAGAUGCCGGGUUGGGAGCAGGAAGGGUGUACUUUGCAAGCACCAAAGAGGCCAACAAUCCUGAGGGCUAAGAAUAAAGGAAUCUGUUCAUAGGACAGCGAUUUGAAACUAUAUCUGUGUUAUAACCUGGAAUCAUCAAAGCAAUGAUUUGUGCAUUAAUUUCCAUUCCUCCAGGUGGUUAGUUUCUCUGUUAUCACAUGUAACCACUUCUUGCAUUGCUGUUAAUAUACAGAAUAAUCAGAUUUGUUAAAGUUUAUGACUAGACCGAUUAUUUGACUACUUCGUUUGGCUUUAUAAUGUGUGGAAGCCCAUCGAUGUAACUGCUGAGAUAUCAUCGGCAAUGUGCUCCACAUCCAACGUAGAGUUGCAUUCACAACAACGAAGGAAAAUGCUUAUUCAUUCUGUAAUUGUCUGAUCUUGAUGUAGGACAGAAAUAAAUCACUAAAUAUGC